CAUGAUCAAGACGAGGAUGGGAUCGAUGCCAUCACCGCAUGAGUUCACGUUCUUCUGGCAUUGAUACACACAACAUCUGCAAAGAUAUGCGCAAGUGCCGGACGGGCAUCCGGCACACGUCGGUAGAUUUGAGAAGCCCUUUCCUCCUAGCCUACCUUGCGCACAACGACAUCCCAUCUCCUCCCAUCCCAUUCUAGCGUUUUGGCAAAUGGGCAUCCUCCCCUGGUCCCGUUUUUCCUGGCUGCGGGUUGCUGGAUGGGGGCAGAGAUGCGUGGUCAUCGUACAAUACGGUAGUGACAUGACAUCGCAUGUGCACAGUAAGUGACGGAGGCUGGGGUCAGCACGCAAAUCUUGCCCAUUCACAGACGCGGCAUCGGCAUCCUCGGGCGUCCCCAGACACGCACCACACACUGGUUUUUUCCCCCUCAGCUGUCAACAUUAGUUUCGAACAUCACAUCACAUCACAUCAUAUCCCAG